GGCCAAGCCGCAACACGGCCGGUAGGGGCCAGUCGGUGCGUGAGCGUGUCCGGCCGGUGGAUCGAUAGGACGGCGUGGACCGAGUCGCCAGAUCGGCCAAUGCUGCCUCAGUCGACGGCCGAAGGGUCACUCGCCUCGAGCGAGCUCUCGCAUUGCUCCACGCUUCGCUGCCUCGGCGCCGGCGGGCCCGCCAAGUCGCGUCCGCCGGACAACUGUCCGCCGGUGGCCGCGACAGGCGGGCCCGACUUCGGCCGGAGUCUGCUGGAGCAGUUGAUCAGCCUGUCGAUCAGUCGGCUCAAAGUGCAGGCCGGCCAGAGUCAGGUGCAACGCAACAACCGACGCAUCAAACUGCAGGCGCUCAAGUACGCCCUCGGCCAUCUCGAGGCCUGCCUCUUCAGCCCCGACCCGCGGGUCGACUGCGGCCUCGUCGGCGGCCUGCUCGAUGACGUCGGCCCGCUGAUGCCUCGGCCGGUCGUCGGGCCGGCCGACCAGCGCACGUUGGCCGGACGUCGGGCCGACGCGCCGCGCCGCCACGUCGGCGUCCGGCGACGCAGUGAGUACAUGGCACGACUGCGCCGACGUCUCGAGUUGGACAUACUCACGAACCGGGGAGCUCUGCGUGAGCGCCUCGAGGUGAUCAAUCAUACGAUGCCCCGGACGGAUGAGGAGAUCGCGACCUGCGAGUUGGCCAGAGCCUUCGGCAAACGACUCGGCUGCCAAAUUUAUGCCAGGCUCAAAUGCUGCGUCGACGCUGCUCUGCAGUGA